AUGGGAUGUGCUCCGCCAAUGGAGACUGAUGCAGAGCGCACUGCGCAUGUGCGACGCACUGCACUGUUUGAGACGGAAGACUGCGGAGUGUAUCUCCACAUACUGCGAACCACAAGACAAACUCAAGAGAAGUGCAGGAUCAAUGCGGUGUCAAACGGCCAGGUGAGGGGCGACAGCUACAGCGAGGGCUGCUUGGGACAGACAGGUGCCAGAAUUUGGCUCUUCAUCGGGUUCAUGUUGGCGUUCGGGUCUCUCAUCGCCUCUAUGUGGAUUCUGUUUGGUGGUUUUGUUGUGACUGAUCAUAAGGAGUUGUCAGUGUAUCCUGGUAUUGCGGUUUUCUUCCAAAAUGCUUUCAUCUUCUUUGGUGGUCUGGUGUUCAAGUUUGGCCGAACUGAGGACCUCUGGCAGUAAAGAUCCCUUUCCUUCAAUCAAAUCCCACAGUCCAUCAACACACAAUUCCUCUGUACUUAUUGCUGCUUAUUUGCACUCUCUAUUUCUUUCUCUCCCCUUUUCAACUCCUCAGCUGACUCCCGUUCUUAAAUAUGUUCCUCCUUUCUUUGUCUCGUAUCCUGUGUGGCCACACAGGGG